AUGGCUCUAUGGUCCACUCUGACGGAAACGAUCAACCACUAUACGGGCCUAUCGCCGGCGGCGUUCUUCACCAUAGUAGCGCUGAUGGUAGUGACUUACAAGGUGGUGUGCAGCAUGUUCGUGGCGGCCGAAGAUUAUGUGGCGGUCAAAAAAUCCAAUGAGUUUGUUGCGCGUGAGCCGGUACAGCUUGGCGAUGUUACCGAGGAGGAGCUCAGAGCUUAUGAUGGUUCUGAUCCAAACAAGCCCUUACUUAUGGCCAUCAAAGGACAGAUCUAUGAUGUUUCUCGCUCUAGGAUGUUUUAUGGUCCUGGUGGGCCCUACGCCCUUUUUACUGGUCGAGAUGCAAGCCGAGCCUUGGCUCUAAUGUCGUUUGACCCCAAAGACCUUACAGGGAACAUAGAAGGUCUGAGUGAUUCAGAGUUGGAGGUUUUGCAAGAUUGGGAAUAUAAAUUUAUGGAGAAGUAUGUCAAGGUGGGGCAGAUAUUUCCGAACAGAAACAAUAAUGAGAAUGAAGUCGAGGCUAGUAAAACUGAUGGGAAUGAAUCACAGGAAAACAUAACUGAAGGAAUUGAGGAUAGUAAAUGA